AUGGGUGGUAUUGGAAAAGUCGUUCAAAUUGAUGAAUCUUUAUUUCGGGGUAAGCGAAAAUAUAAUCGUGGUCGACUACUUCUUGGUAACAGAAAUAAUAAUGCAAAUAUUGUAAAUAAUAAUAAUAAUAAUAAUAACAAUAAUGUAAAUAAUAAUAAUAAUAAUGAUCCUGCAUCAGAUGGUACCUCAAGCUCAAGCAAUGAAUCUGAUGAUGAUGAUAUUACUCCACAAAGAAACAGAAAUUAUGGAAGAAGGAUCGAAGGUCCCUGGAUAUUCGGUAUCGCUGAACCAACAGAAGAAGGUCAUGAAGUUAGAUUUUUUCACGUACAAAGAAGGGAUGCUGCUACACUUAUACCUAUAAUCUGGAAACAUGUUUAUCCUGGUACAACGAUCUGGUCAGAUGAAUGGAAGGCUUAUUCUCGUCUUCAAACAGGAUAUGGUUAUGAUCACCAAACUGUUAAUCAUAGUCAAAAUUUUAUCGAUCCGAACACUGGAUGUCAUACACAACUGAUCGAAUCAUUAUGGUCUCACACAAAAACAAAAAUUUUAAGAACAAUGCGAGGAUCGACAUUAUUGGAAUCGCAUUUAACAGAAUAUUGGUAUCGCACUACUCACAAAAAUAUGUUUCCUUCCAUUCUUGAAGAUAUUCGACGAUAUCGAAUGAAAUGA